AUGGACAACGCAUCUGGCCGUGUGCAAGUUUGGGCACGUGUGCGGCCACCCAUCGAACAGGACCAUGGCCCGUGCCACGCAGUGGAUUGCAUCGACAAGACGGUGCGCGUUCGCAACGACGCAGAAGCAGUGGAACGAAUGCUUGGACAGGCUGAUACCUCGCCCAGUCCCGAGCCCAAGGAAUUUGCCUUCGAUGGAGUCUUCGGGGAAUCCUCAGCACAACGUGAUGUUUUUAUGCAGAUUGGCCUCCCUGUCCUGCGCGAGGCCUUGAGGGGCAUCAAUGGAACUAUCCUGGCUUAUGGCCAAACAGGCUCUGGAAAGACACACUCGCUUCUCCACCAGUCCUCCAAGGGCGAAGAAGCAGGGCUCCUGCCCAGACUGGUGGCAUCCCUGUUUCUGAUGAUUUCCCAAGAUGUGGCAAAUGUCUAUGACGUUGAAGCUGCUGCAGUGCAGGUCUACAACGAGCAAGUGGAUGACCUUCUGAAUCCUGACCAUCAAAGUGGCCAAGGAAAUAACCUGAACGUGCGUGAUGGCGGUAUCGUGACUGGCUUGAAUUGGAUUCGUUGUAUGAAGCCGGACGAGAUGCUGGAAUCCUUUACUCGAGCCCGUGCCAAUGUGGUGUAUGCGGAGACGAAGAUGAACAAGGCCUCCAGCCGGAGCCACGCCAUCUUCCAGCUACGGAUUUCCAAGCGUGAGCGCGUCUUCGAAGCGGCCAAGACCGGACAAAAGGUGGAGUGCACCAUCGCCAGGCUCAAUGUGGUGGACCUUGCAGGCUCUGAACGAGUGAAGAAGUCUGGCUCCGAGGGCAUGCGAUUUCAGGAAGCGACCAACAUCAAUCGCAGCCUACUGGCCUUCGGGAAUGUGGUGAGUGCCUUGGCUGCGCGAAAAUCACACGUGCCCCUGCGAGACAGCAAACUUACGAGGAUCUUGGACGGUUCUAUUGGUGGCAACUGCCGCACUGCUUUGCUGGUCUGCGUGAACCCAGCCUUUGAGCAUGUUGGAGAAACUUUGAACACCUUGGAGUUUGCAUCUCGAGCCAUGCGUGUGGAGGUGGAUGCAAAGGUGAACACUGCGCUGGUGGAAGUCAGUGCCAAGAACUUACUGGCGGACCUGAAUCCGGAAGCGCACGAGUUUGGAAAGAAGGUCAUGGCCGACAAGAAGGAGAUUGAGGCUCUGCGGAAGCAGUCCGCUGAGGCGGCUGAACAAGCCAAGAAAGAAGCGGAACGCCGUGAGAAGGCAGUACAAGAAGCAGAGGGCCACGUCAAGAAGUUGCAGCAGGCGAGAUAUCGUCGUCCUGGAAGGUUUUGGAGCGAGUUUUCUCUGUGUCAUUGA